AUGCCGCAGCUUCCACGUCUCCAGCAGCUCCAGACAGUGCAAAUGACGCAGCGUCAGUAUCAGCGGCGCCAAACGCAGCAGCAGCAGCAGCAGCAGCAGCAGCACAAGCACCAGCAGCAGCACCAGCACAAGCACCAGCAGCAGCAGCAGGAGCAGCACAAGCGCCAGCAGCAGGAGCAGCAGCAGCAGGGGGCAGCAACAAAGGGGCUGCUGCACCCAAAGCAGCAGCGGGCUACUCCCGCCGCCGGGCGCUCGGAGCUGCAGCGCGGGAAGCAGCAGGCCCUUGCGGAGGCGCUCAGCAGGCAGUGCCUCGAGGCGCUGCAGCCGCAUGCAGCAGCAGCACCUGCGGCGCCACCCAGCAGCAGCAGCAGCAGCAGCAGCAGCAACGGCAGCAGCAACGGCAGCAGCAGCUGCUGCAGCGGCAGAGGCAGCGGCCACGGCAACGGCGCCGGCAUGGCAAGCUGCAACGGGACCGGCAGCAACAACAGCAGCAGCAACAGCAGCAACAGCAGCAGCAGCAACAGCAGCAGCAGCAGGAUGGAGGCACGCAGAGCCCGGCGGCGCGCUGGGCGGCGGCUGCGGCUGGGCUCGCAGCUGGCGAGAGAGCUGCUACCAGGCUUCGAGGCGCUGCUGCUGCGUCACAGCCGCUGCCCCUAUUUGCUGCUGCUGUCGAGACACUGCAAGGUCCCCCCCGAGGCCCGCCGAGCAGCUGCGCGCCCUGCUGCAGCUUCCCGCAGCAGCAGCAGCAGCAGCAGCACGACCAGCAGCGGCAAGGCCAGCAGCAGCAGCGGAAACAGCAGCAGCAGCAGCAACACCAGCAGCAGUAGCAGCAGCAAUGCUGGCAGCAGCAGCAGCAGCAAACCCCUUUCAGAAGAGCCGCCAGCCCUAGACUGGGCUGUGCCAACAGCCCGUGUUGCUGCUUUUGCUGCUGCUGCUGCUCAGCAAGUGGUGCCCCCCUGCCUCUUGGGGUGUACGUACAACUACCGGCUUUUCCUGCAGCGAGUCCGCCAGUUUGUUUGCCUCAACUCCACAGAGACUCUCACAGUUCACCAGCUCAUGCACCGCAUGCAAACUGCAGCACCGAAGCGGCAGCGAGCAGCAGCAGCAGCAGCAGCAGCAGCAGCAGCAGCAGCAGCAGCACGGGCAGCAGGAGCAGCAGCAGCAGCGGCAGAAGAGGGGAGCACCAGCGAGCCACAGAGGCGCGUCCUGCCGUGCAACGGUUUCCAAGGUGAAAUGGAGGUGCAGGAGCAGCAGCAGCAGCAGCAGCAGCAGCAGCUGUCGCGGCGCCACUUGCGCCUGCAGCAGCAGGAACGCAAGCAUUUUCUGGAGCGGCUUAUUUUCUUUUUGUUUUCCCAUUUCAUUGUCCCUCUCUUGCGCUGUCACUUUUACGUGACGGAGGCUGAGUCUUCUCAGCGGCGGUCUCGCUUUUACCGAAAGGGAGUUUGGUUUCGAAUUGAGUCUGCUGCUUCUGCUCGUUUGUACGCCCAGUGCUUCCAGCCACGCGCAGCCAGCCCUGCUGCUGCUGCUGCUGUUGCUGCUGCUGCUGCUGUGGCGGCAGCAAGUGACGCAGCAGGGCACGAGCAGGAUGCACAGGACGCUCCUGUUGCCCCCAGCAAACGGCAAAUUGCUGCUGGCAGCACAGAGGGCCCCAAGGGCCCCAAGAGGCUUUGGCUAGCAGGGCCAGAAAGCAGCAGCAGCAGUUGCUGCUGCUGCAGCAAGCCAUGCAGCAGCAAACGAUGCAGCAGCGCGGGCCCCGGUUGCAGCACGCAUAGCCCUUGUGUGGCCAGCAGCAGCAGCAGCAGCAACAGCAGCAGCAGCAGGAAGCGACGCAAGACGGAGACCCCUUCCCAGAGCCCUGAUGACCUGGAGUCUAUUGUUGAGGCUGUCUCCGCGGUGACUGCGCCUUCAGGCGCAGCAGCAGCAGCAGCAGCACCGCCACUUUGUCUCGAUGCUGCUGCUGCUGCAGCAAUCCCCCGAAUUCGCUUUAUUCCCAAGGUCCGCGGCUGCAGGCCGCUGGUGAAUCUAUCAAGGGGCCCCAGCGGGGCCCACUUAGCGCGUUUGCUGCUGCAGGUGCAGCAGCAGCUCGCCACCAUCCGUCAGCAGCAGCAGCAGCAGCAAGAGGCUUGCUGUUCGGCGCCCGCUGGCGCGCGGUUCCCGCCCUGCAGCGGGCGCUCCAGGCAGCUGUUACCAUCAGCAGCAGCAGCGUGCGCCGCAGCAACAGGCGCCGCAGCAGCAGCAAGCGCAGCAGCAGCGGGGAGUGCAGGAAGCGCAGCAGCAGCAGCAGGCGCCGCGGGGGCCUCCACGUACGGCGACUACCUGCGGCGGCUGCUGCAGGCGGAGUGCAGCAGCGCGCAGCUGCUGCAGACGUCUGCUGCAGCGCAGCGGGAGCGCAGCGGGGCGCAGCUGCUGCGGCCGUGUCCUGCAGCGCAGCGGGAGGGCAGCAGCGCGCAGCUGCUGCGGCCGCGUGCUGCAGCGCAGCGGGAGCGCAGCAGCAGCUUGUCAGUGAACUCCGUGCUGCGCCCCAUCUGCCAACACUUGUCUUGUUUGUGUCGCUUCAGUUCGGAAGCUUUGGGCUGUUCAGUAAUGUCGAAUUCUGAGGUGUACGUACACCUCACGGCCUGGUGGCGGCGCUACCAAGGCCGGCUGCGGCUGCUGCGCCGUUUGCUGCAGCAGCAGGGGCCCUGCUGCGGCCUGCGCCGGGUGUACAUACACCGCAUGCAGCAAAUUGUCGGAGACCUCAGCCGCUGCUUCGAAAGCAUUUCCCACGAAGAGCUGCAGCAGCUCGUGCUGCUGCUGCAGCUGCCGCCCCACACCCACAGGCUGCAGGCCUACCGCCGCAUCACCACCCCGGGGGCCAUUUACACCGUCCCCAGCAAGGCAGCAGCAAAGCCAGCAGCAGCAGCAACAGCAGCAGCAGCAGCAGAGCAGCAGCGCCUGGGGGUCUCUACUUUUGGAGUUCUUGAUGAGUUUUGUGUCCCUCCGCUGCCAAAUGGUCUUUUGCCGCGGCUGUCUUGUCUUUUAAGAAGACAAACAAAUCAGCAAAGACUCAAACGCAGCAGCAGCAGCUCGCCGAGAGCAGCAAAACGCGCGCGCGCAGCUGCCCCCGCAGCGCAGGCUUCCCCCGCAGCAGCAGCAGCAGCAGCGGCUGCUGCUGCUGCUGACGCUGCAGCUCCCCCAUCACCGGCGGCGCCUGCAGCACUUGCUGAGGCUGCAGCAGCAGACACA